GGCGCCUGCGCCGCCAUGGCGGCGCCCGCUGCCCUCCGACUUCCGCCGCUGGGCGCCGCCAUGUCGCCGGCGGGCCGUGCGCGCGCGCAGGGCGGAUGUUGACGCCGUGAGGGAGCCAUGGCGGCGGCGGCGCGGCCCGGCGGCCCCGGCGAGCGGCAGCGGCGGGUGCAGGCGCUGAGCGCGGCGCUGCGCGGCCGCCUGGGGCCCUACGAGCCGCUGCUGAGCGCGGCGCAGGCCGCGCUGGUGUGGGAGCGGCCGGGCCGCAGCGCGCUGUGCUGGGCGGCGGCGCACGGCCUCUUCUGGUUCUUUGCUCUCACUUCCCUGCGGCUGGUGUUCCUGGUUGCACUCACCCUCAUAGUGGUCGUUUGCCUGGAUCAGUGGAAGAGCAAAAUCUGGCCUGAAAUUGGAGUGGCAAGACCUGACGAAUUAGACAAUGAGAGCUGGGGAUACGUUCACCCUCGGCUGCUUGGAGUGCCAGAGCUGUGUCACCAUUUGGCUGAAGGAUGGGUGGCUGGGACCAACUUCUUAAGAAAUCUCUUUAUUUUCAAGAGGCAAAACCCUGGCAAGUUUUGCCUUCUAGUAUGUGGAGUCUUUACUUUCUUGGCUGUUCUGGGCCGCUACAUCCCUGGACUCUUGCUCUCAUACUUUCUGUUGCUCUACAUCCUGCUGUGGCCCCUUGCUGUGUACCACAGACUGGGGCAGCGCAUGUACAUGAAGCUGGAGCCAGUUCUGCAGCGGCUGGAUUUCGGCGUUCGAGGUUACAUGAUGUCAAAGCAGCGGGAAAAGCUAUUGCGUCAGAGAGGCCUUAAUCAGGAGGCUACAGAUGAUGGGAGUGACAGCGAAGAGGAGCUUGCUGCAUUCUGUCCCAAGCUGGAUGACUCUGUGGUUGCCAAGGAGCUAACCAUCUCUGACUCGGAGCACUCGGAUGCUGAGGUUUCCUACACUGAAAAUGGGAUGUUUAACCUUUCAAGAGGCCAGACUCCACUGACAGAGGGAUCUGAAGAUCUGGAUGGCCACAGUGACCCGGAAGAAUCUUUUGCCAGGGAUCUCCCUGACUUCCCUUCCAUAAACCCAGAAGCGACUGGCAUAGAUGAUGAAGACGACACCAGCAUUGGGAUUCCAAGUCUUGCCUACCGCCCGCAAGUAACAGAAGAUCCGCAUCUCCCUUAUGACCAGGAAGAUUCUGGUGCACUGCCAUCUGUACAGAAUCUCACUAACAACAUUGCUGGAUUUGUCACCAGAGGGAUGAUACAGCUUGCGCUAUCAGGAGCCGCUCAGCCGGGCUCUUCACUCAGUGACAAUCCCCAGAGAGGUGCAAAGACCUUUCUCAGAACGGCCAGCUCAGAUUUGGACACUGAUGCAGAAGGGGAUGAUUUUGAACUGCUGGAUCAGUCUGAGCUGAACCAGCUGGAUCCUGCGGGCUCACGGGGCCAAUAAGCAAUCACAUCACUUCCCUUCUGGUUUUCUUCGUGCAUCGUGGAGGGGAAUCCUUGAAGAAAAAGGCAUUGCACAGUUACCUAAAUUGUCUCCUGUGUGAGUACAAGUGAUAUGACAACCGAUCCUGGCUGGGAACACCACUGUGACAUGUGACUCUGUAGCCUCGCUUGGAUUUUAAAAUAAACUACACUGGUAAUUCAUAGGGAAAAGGCGUUGAUGUGAUAGCUCCACAAUCACCCAUGCGUUGCCCUGCAUUAUCUGCCAGGAUGCUGCUUACUCCAAACUUCCUCACUUAAGACAAUAAAUCUGGUGUCUACAGCUCUAGAGACCACUAGUCAGACUGACUUAGCAUCACUGAGAACAAUCUUGUGGCUGACCUUCCUGGGUUGAUACAUAACAAGGUGAAUGGGAUUGGUUUCCCCUCAGACCUAGUGUCUAGGACUUGAUGCUGUUCUGUCUUUAAAAUAACCAUUCCCUACUUCUAAAAUGUGCAUAGAAUGUGAUUCUUCUCCCCCAGCAAUAUCCAGCUCUGGGUAGAAACUAACAUCUUGCCUCUGUUGUGGACAUGGCAGUGUACUGCCACAAAUGUUUGUACUUGUAAUGACCACUCAUCUCCAGUUCAAGCUUUCUAGUGAUGCUAUUUUGUAAGAGACAUAAUGGCAAUAAGACAUCUACUGUGAUGACUAGAAUCCUGCAAAGAACAUCUACAUGUGGCAGCUGCUCUUGUGUUGCUUUCCUAAACUAAUGGACUAACAGUUUUUUCCCUGUGUUAUUCUGGAACACAUUCAGCAUGGACACUAGCAAUACUACACUUCCCUUACACUGCCUCUUAGGGAACUACUAGGGAAAGGUUCUCUGGAGGAGGGAAGAAGUGGAGUUGGCCUCCCUGGCCAGUCUUGUUCUUGGUCUCUGAGACAGCCCAUUGUUUCACAGAUUUGUGUAGUUGAAAACCUGCCAGUAGGAACUGAACGGAGGACACCAGCUCAAGCAACAAGUGACCAAAGAGCUUGUAACUAUUAUGGUCACUUAAACAAACCAGCAAUCUAUAGGGGAGAGACAUUCUGUAAGCUGGAUGGCCUGAGCCUUCCAGCUCUUUCUGAGUCAUUGAGCUUUCCCAUUGCUUUUUCUAAGCCAUAGAAACUGAUACAGAUCACAUUUGUGCAGCAAACAACUUACCUCUUCAGGAAAACUCCCAUUUAUCUGCUUUUUCUUGUCUGAAUCUGCUUGCCUAAAAGUUUUGGCCAUACAGAUACUUAGACUGUCCUUGGGAUUGAGACAAGGAGGCAUAAGUAAGAAUGAGGCUUUAUUAACAGGUUGCUUUAAUACUAGCAUAAAUCUUCAUUUUGGCCUUGCGAGGGCAAACUAUCAUCCAAUAAAAUGUCAGCUGCCUUUGGAACCUGAAGUAAACAGCCUGUCCCAAAUCCCUGACAGAGCUGGGAGGUACCAAGUGACCAAGCUGGUGUAUUACAUAUACUUAGCAGUCAUGUGGGUUUAAAACCUAGUUCUUUCUUCAGCUUGGGAUGUCUGAGCUCUCUUCUGAGAGAGCUCUUCACCUUGCUCUGGUCACUUACUGAAUGCUUUCUAGCCUCCUCUUUUCCCUUCUACCUCAUGGUGGAUGGGACUGUGUAGUGGUGGGACCUGACAGUGUUUAGCAUGAGCCAUCUUCUUAGUAACUGCUGCCACAGCAUUCAGCUUCUGUCACUGCUUUGCCUUAGAGGCUAUGACAAAAACUGAGUUGUUGGAAGCCCCUGAUUUCUUGGGAGCAAUAACUGAACAAGCCACUAACUAGCACUUUAAAUAGGUCUGGGCCUGAAAUUGCAGCCCAGCGUUGUGUAGCUCUUACUGCCCCAUGCGGUUCUAAUGUUCUUUUUGGUGAAGCAAGAUUAAUUUUACUUAAAAAAGCUGCUGGGGGGAAAACAAAAAAGCUACUUUUGACUCUACAGAAAUUGCAGCCUUAGGCAGAAUGUCUAAGGAGGAACUGCUGUGCCACUGGCUGUGUGGCUUGUCAAGGGCCGUGUCAGUGUGGGCUGGAUUUCUGAGCUCAAAACAUCUGCAUAGUUCUUCUCAAAAGUUUUUUUGAAACUGCCCUGUAUCAGGUAAAUUACAGCUUUGGGUACGUGUAGGCGAGGGAUCUCCUGUCAUCGGCUAUAUUUUAUUUGCCUCCGCAGUGGAAAGAUGUCAGGAUUGUUCAUGAGGACUGGGAUAAGAAGGGAGCAGCUGCACUGUACAGUAAUAUCAAGCCAUCUCAAAAACCCUUCAGACCUAAAGGUAAAAUCUGCGGUCUUACAGCGUCCCAGGCACACACGGUGCCGCGAGGCAGCUGGUGGAACAAGCGGGUAGUUCCUGAAAGCUCGGGCUCUGCUACACUGCUGGAGAACUGCUCAGAGCUCUGCAGCGGGGGUUGUUUGGAGAAGGAUUUCCAGGGGUGCCAGCAUGAGGGAACUGAGAGAGACUGUGAAUUCUUGGUUAUUUGCUGUGGAGCUAAAAGAAAUGUUUCUUCUAUUAUACGCCCUAGAUUUUUCUUUCCCUUUUGAUGUGUUCGCUGAUAGGCUUUGCCACCUUUGGGGGUGGUGUGGUAUGAACUGAAAGCUUGGAGAGUAUUUUGAGUCUGGCCUUAUUUGCCCAGUACCACAUUGUGGAACAGGUAAUUCUGAUUCUUUAUGUUCUUUUUCCUAUUUAUAGAGAAAUUGCUGCUCAUGAGCAACUAAAGUAUGGGGGUUAACAAUGGGGUAAUGCACUUUGUAGGAGAGAGAAACUGGAUUGAUUGUCUAUCAUUCUUAGUCAUUUUCAGUGCACGCUAAGCGUCUUAACAUAUUUUCUGUACUCUUCUCUCCCGUACAAUCCUCGCUGUCAUUGUGUGUUACGAGCUGCAUCUAAUGGCAGAGGACAGUAAUAUAUUUUAUAAAGACUUCAGUUUCUGAAAGUU